AGCAGCCUAUCUGAACAAAGUGGAGCGAGACAUUAGUGGGUAUGGAUGAAAUUUCAAGGCUGGCAAUUUUUAUGAUGGGGAAUGGCACGGACCAAGACUAUGAAGCACUGGAGGAAAUUUUUGCGUUUACCGCCCAAUCCGAACACGGCGACUACGCCGAAUACAAUUAUCUGGCGGCGAUAAUCUAUAGUACUCUUGCCGUCGGAGGCCUAGCAGUCAAUAUUCUCUUCUGCUGUGUUAUUUGGAGAACGGACAAAUUACAUACGGUGACACAUAUGUUGAUGACAAACCUAGCCGUUUCGAACAUCUUUUUUCUGCUUUUUCAUCCUCCAUAUUUCUUGACAACAUUCAUUUUACAGUCUAAUUGGAAAUUCGGGACACUAAUGUGCAAGGCUUCAUUUUCUGUAGGAUAUGUCACAGUAACCGGCUCAUUCUACUUCAUGUGCUUAGUAGCUAUUGAUCGAUGGCUAGCUAUAUUUUAUCGGAAGAAGAGAUUGGAUAGAAGGCGAUGUAUUUUUCUUACAACUGGAGCAUGGAUUUUAUCCGUCAUAGUUGCAUCUCCGUACAUUUACAAGAGUCGGGUACUAGAUAUGAGUAUUAUGUUAGACGACGAUCCACAAAAAGCUGUCAAAACGGGAAUGACUCGAUGUGGUGCACAAAGCAUGCCUUGGGAUGAUUUAGCGCUAAUUCUUACUAUAAUUGUACAGUACGUGGUUCCACUAGUGAUUAUGAUCCCUGCUUAUUCCCAUUUAUCAUAUUUUCUCUGGCAACGUCCUACAGUCGGAGUACAGUCUAAGGAACGAGCUCGAAAAGCUCAUGCCAGGAGAAGGCGCUUAACAAUCACGCUAAUUGCAAUUGUUGCCAUUUUAAUUUCUUGCUGGUCUCCUUUGUUCUCUGUAGGCAUCCUGCAUCGAUUUCAUCCUGAAUUCAGCUUUCCACUAUAUAAAAUCACAUCAAUGAUAGCUCUUUUGGGAGUUUUGUGUACUCCGCUGUGUUAUAUGGCAAAUGUUGGAUUUCGACAACAAAUGCUCCAACUUUUCCCUUGUCUUCGAGUAAAGGAGCGCACCAGCGAUCGUUCAACUCAACAUUUUCUUGGGAUUGUCUCCGAAGUAGCCGUUAGCAUUCCCAAUAAGGGAGCAGCAACGGUGGCUACAUGUAACACAACACUCUCAUCUGUCGUUUUGCAUAAGAAAGAACUAGGUGAACGGAUGGAAAGCGGGGAUUCUCCACGUGUAUCGAUGCUGCCAACAAAAAGCUCAGACACCGAUCAACAGAUCUGAUAAACGGAACGAUUCAGGGUUUU